CUGGCAACUCAAACCUGGACUAUUGUGGCGAAGAGCCAGUGGCUAACUGAGUCGGAUUAGCUAAUGUACGAAGCUGGAUGUUGAUAAAUUUUUUAACGAUUUUGAAAUAACCGGGGAGAGGGUAUGUAUUUAAUGUAUACGCUCUAAGCGCUUUACUUUUUUUGUUUCGUGGCAUGGUGGAUGUAUCCGAACACUCCUACUGAGCUUCGGCAGCCAGGCAAAAGCUCAUAAGACUUGUAGCCUUGGUUACCUGUGUGUUUGCUGGUGCUUGGUCGUUUUUUGUCGUCUCAUUGUUCUGAUGUGGAUGGUUCUUUUGGCCGGAUUUCCCUGACUCCCUGCUUUAAAAUCAGAGGGAACUGCAUUUCAAGCUGAGUGUGCAAUCCUCUGGUCAACAUCAUGUCCAAAACCAAGAGUUCUGAGUCAGUGAAAGUAGUGGUCCGUUGUCGCCCUAUGAAUGAGAAAGAACUGGCCGCCACAUUUGAGUGUGUGGUGUCUGUUGAUGUCAAAUUUGGGCAAAUUAUUGUCAGGAAUCCUCGGGAAACUUCUGCUGGCGAGCUCCCCAAAGUUUUCACAUUUGAUUCGGUCUAUGACUGCAAUUCAAAGCAACUAGAUUUAUAUGAUGAAACCUUUAGGCCCCUUGUGGAUUCAGUUCUACAAGGAUUUAAUGGAACUAUCUUUGCAUAUGGACAAACUGGCACAGGAAAAACAUACACCAUGGAGGGUGUAAGAAAUGACCCCGAGAGGAGAGGAGUUAUUCCCAACUCUUUCGACCACAUCUUCACUCACAUUUCAAGAUCUCAGAAUCAACAGUACUUGGUGCGGGCGUCAUAUCUGGAGAUUUAUCAAGAGGAAAUCAGAGAUUUACUUUCCAAGGACCAAUCACGACGUUUGGAGUUGAGAGAGAGACCGGACACUGGUGUUUAUGUGAAAGACCUGUCAUCGUUCGUCACCAAGAGUGUGCGGGAAAUCGAAAACGUCAUGAAUGUGGGCAAUCAGAAUCGCUCAGUGGGCUCCACCAACAUGAACGAACACAGCUCCCGUUCUCAUGCCAUCUUUGUCAUCACCGUAGAAUGCAGUGAAUUGGGACUGGAUGGGGAGAACCACAUCCGAGUUGGCAAACUCAAUCUGGUGGAUCUAGCCGGUAGCGAAAGGCAGACCAAGACUGGGGCACAGGGGGAAAGGCUGAAAGAAGCUACUAAAAUCAACCUGUCACUUUCUGCUUUAGGGAAUGUCAUAUCGGCUCUCGUGGAUGGCAGGAGCAGCCACAUCCCUUACAGAGAUUCUAAAUUGACCCGCCUUUUACAGGACUCUCUUGGAGGUAACGCGCGCACUGUCAUGGUCGCCAAUAUUGGCCCAGCCUCUUACAACGUGGAAGAGACUUUAACAACACUACGCUACUCAAACAGAGCAAAGAACAUUAAGAAUAAGCCCCGUGUCAAUGAGGACCCCAAGGAUGCUCUGCUCAGGAAGUUUCAGGAGGAGAUUGCGAGACUGAAGGCUCAACUGGAGAAGCGUACAGGGAAGAAAAACAAGAGGAAGCAAAAGAGGAUGGGUGAUUGUAGCAGUGGUGAUGGUCGCGAUGAAGAGAGCGAAGGCGAUGAUGAUGCUGAGGGAAACAAAGGUGAUUAUUGGAGAGAGCAGCAGGAGAAACUGGAGAAAGAGAGGAAAGCCAUCAUGGAGGAUCACAGCCUGGUGGCUGAGGAGAAAGCUCAACUCUUGAAGGAGAAGGAGAAGAAAAUGGAAGACCUAAAAAAAGAGCAGGAAGCAGGAGACAUGUUGUCAGCCAAAGUCAGGGCAAUGGAAAGUAAACUUUUAGUUGGGGGGAAGAACAUUGUGGAUCAUACCAAUGAGCAGCAAAAGAUGCUGGAGCUAAAAAGGCAGGAAAUUGCUGAACAGAAACGGCGAGAGCGAGAGAUGCAACAGCAAAUGGAGUGUCGAGAUGAGGAGACUCUGGAGCUGAAGGAGACCUACAGUUCUUUGCAACAGGAAGUUGACAUCAAAACAAAGAAACUGAAAAAGUUGUUUGCCAAACUACAAGCAGUGAAGGCAGAAAUCCAUGACAUCCAGGAAGCGCACAUCAAUGAGCGCCAGGAGCUGGAGCAGACCCAGAAUGAGCUCACUCGAGACCUUAAACUCAAGCAUCUUAUCAUUGAAAAUUUCAUUCCAUUAGAAGAGAAGAGCAAAAUAGUCAACAGGGCUUUCUUCGAUGACGAGGAUGAAUACUGGAAGAUGAGGCCCAUCACACAUAUCGAGGAUGACCAUCAGAUGAUGAACAGGCCUCAGUCUGCCAUUGGGUUCAGACGGCCUCUCAGUAACCAUGCUCGGAUAGCCAUGAAGGAUAGCCCUGACGUGAGAUACAAAGCUGAGAACAUCCUUUUGCUAGGCAUGGAUAUGCCAUCUCGGACCACCAAAGAUUAUCAGCGGCCAGUUAUCGCCCCAAAGGUGGCAGCGGCUCUGGAGGACGCUCUAAGGAAUGAAGAGGAUCUUCAGGUUGAUGCCUCUGGAUUUAAUAGUAGCUUUGCACCACUUGCCAGUGUCAGUGGAAGCCUCAGGAAACCAAAGUCUGGUCGACCAAGAACGGGCAAGCAAUCAAACACUUGGACCUCUUCAUUCAGUGUUCACAAUCCAGCAUCCCCAAUUUACCCACAAUCCCGUGGGCUGGUGCCCAAGUGAAAGCUGCAAUCUGCCAACCUCUCCUGAGCACCUUCACAAUCUGGAGCACGACUCCAAGAAGAGAGAAGAAUACUUUUUAUUCUGUCCAAGGCAACACUAUCGUGGAAUCUGCUCAAGGCCUAUGAAAAUUUAAGGAUUAAUGCUGCUUUGUAGGGAAAAAAAUUACAUACCAUGAGAUGUAACCACUAUUUGUUACUGUCAGGUACUUUUAAUCUGUGACUAUAUUUAGCAAACCUUCAACUAGUUCUGUUCUACUCACAAACGUCAAAAUGCACUAUGAGUGACAUUUGUCCUGCUGAACGGGCCCACUGGCGCCAGUCAGGCAACGCGGUCUGCGUGAAAGUGGUCCUGAUGCGAGUGAUGAAUUUCUAGUUGAAAGCAUAGUGCUCGCUUCACCCAACCAUUCAUCUGAUGAAAAAUGCACUUUUGACACUAACUGGUCCACAGCUCCACAGCAAGCUGUGAUGCCCCUCAGCAUUUGUGUUCCGGCUCCUUUUGUGGGAUCUUUUGACACCGAAUUGGAGCUUGUCCUUCCCACGCACAUUAAUGAGGCUAAAAGCCGUCACUCUGUUGAUGUCUCACGAGUUGACCGACUUCAGGCCACUUUAGGAGGCAUGAAUAACGGUGAGCAGAUCAACAGUUUAGUUGCUGUUAUAACCAAGCCACAUCCAUUUUCUUGCUCACUCGUGCCUAAAGGCUCACCCACCAACAGGUGCUAUGGUAACAACAUUAACCUUCCCUUUACCUGUCUGAGGUUGUCUGCUCUGGCUGUUUGGGCUACAUUCAUUUGGUCUUUUAAGAUGUCACAAAAUAUGGAUGUUCAUCAUGUUACACAUUUUUAAAGGAGUUUUUUCCAGCUUGAUGGCAUGUAAUAAAAAUGAACACUAAUGAGCUAAACUUUAUUUAAUUACCAUUUUAAUUUCUGCACGUCAGAAGCCAUUCAGUUGUGGAUACUUGCAUUUUCCCUGUU